CAAUUAUACUAAUGCAGUAUACGACCUACGACUUUUCCUUGGCUACGAGCAGCCGAAGGAAACGGCACGUGUCGCGCCGGGCGCGAUUGGCGCCACAACGCAGCGUUACGCUAAGAAUCGUGCCGCUUUAUCUCCUUUACUCUCACUCUGCGGCGAUAGUGUCGUACGUGGCUAGAUUUUAUUGGUGGAUACGGUUGUACGGUGUUCGGUUACUUGCAGCGGAAUCGCUGAUUUGGUGUUCGAUUUUUUUUUUUAUUACAUUUCGUACCUGCCAUGUACUCCCACUUGUACCGUCUCCUCCUUUUUCUUUUUUCUCAUUUUCCGUGUUAUUUUUUUUUUUCAAAAAAAAUAGUAAUAAUCCUCUAAAUUCCGCUAUAAAUAUCGCACGCCGCAGAAGCUCCUCCUCCACCCAACUCACCACCACCGUAGUGGUAUUUUCCUCCGGUCGUUUUUUUUUUUUUGUUCUGCUGUUGUUGUUUUUUUCCUGGGCCGUUGGAUUCGAUUGAUGAGGGAGAUGAUCCGACGGCUGUCGAGGGUGGCGGACUCGUCGUCGUCGCAGCAGCAGCAGCGGCAGGGGAGGGGAGUGGUGGUGGGAACGGGGGGGAAGGAGGAGCGGCGGGGGGGUCACGUGCGGGCGCCGGAGGGGCACGUGCCGGUGUACGUGGGGGAGGAGAUGGAGCGGUUCGUGGUGCGGGCGGAGCUGCUGAGCCGGCCGGUGUUCGUGGCGAUGCUGCGGAGGUCGGCGCAGGAGUACGGGUACGAGCAGCGCGGGGUGCUCCGGAUCCCCUGCCCCGCCCCGCUCUUCCGCCGCGCCCUCGACGCCAUUCUCGCCGCCGACGACCACCGACCCGCCGCGGCGGAGGCCGAGGCCGAGGCCGAGCUCCUCCGCUACUUGGACGACGGGUGAGCGCGUGCGCGCUCGACCGGCCCGCUUCGACUCCCGGGUUUGAAAAACCCGGCUUGAUGUUUGCGGACUCGGACUCGGACUCGGUGUUUGUGUGCGUGUGUGUACAUUUUAUUAACCCGCGCAAGCGACUCGGUCGUCACUCGGGCGCGAGUGUGCUCACCGAGGAAGGGCAAUUUCGGGAAUGUAGUGUCCCUUUUUCUUUUCUUUUUUUUGGGCCUUAACCUUUUCUUUUUCUUUUUCUUUUUCUUUUUAAAUUUUAUAUUACCGCUAGCUGUGUAAAAGUUAAUCACGCUGGAAUGGUAAGAGCUCAUCGAAGCCUCUUUGAUGAUUAUUAUAA